UCUUUCUUUUGACGUUCGCGAACGAAUCCAUUUUCUAGAAUUUAUAAUAAAAGAAAAUUAUAAAAGAUGGAAAACGACGCAGGUGAAACCGUUGACUUGUACUGCCCAAGGAAAUGCUCCGCCAGCAACAGAAUUAUCCACGCCAAAGAUCAUGCCUCCAUCCAACUUAGCAUUGCUGAUGUAGAUCCCCAAACCGGCAGAAUGACCGAAAGCUCUAAAAGCUACGCAUUGUGUGGUGCUAUUAGGAGAAUGGGUGAAUCAGAUGACUGCAUUGUUAGGUUAACAAAGAAAGAUGGAAUCUUAGCAAAGAACUUCUAAUUCCAAUGUUUGUGACUAUGGGUGAAGAAAAUAUAUUGAAUGUGUAUAUUAACUUUAUUCAUUAAAUAAACAAUUAUUUAUAAGUUUU